AAAUAAAUACAUUCUUACAAGGGAAAACAGAUAACAUUAUCAUAUAACGGUGGGCAGGAAGGCGUACAUGAACUGAGAUACUGAUGAGCUGGGUCUUUCGAUUAGAUCAAGUGUUUUAUUCAAAGGUUUUUAAAAUAAAAAAUAUAAAAAAUUCGAUUUCUAGAUUUUACCAUAGAUUUCUCGGCUUAACAUCUCUUGGAGGGUGGGGUAAGUGUAAUAUAGUCUGUGUCUUGUUCGAUUAUAGUUUAGUAGCUGAAAUGUUUUUAUUAUUUAUUUUAUUACUUACCGUGUGGAUACAAAAAUGACUAGCAGUUUUUAAUAUUAAAUAUAUGAAUUUAAAAUUUAAGAGAGCGUUUUAAUUUUUUUUUAAAACCUUCGGACUUGUGGGGUGGACUGAUUUAACAUUUCUAUAAUUGUAUGAACUAUUUCAAAUAAGGAAUUGUAAUACGUUUUACGUUGACAUAGAAAAUAGAAACAAUCCAUGUUACUAGACUUGGGUUUAUUCAACAAGUCACAAGGACAUAGGUUCGGCUAUGUGAACACUACAAAACUGAAGUAACUAAAUAAAAUAUCAACGAAUGUUGGUCAUUGCCUUUUUGUAACCUCAGAAAAAAGUGUACUAGGGUAUUUUAUUGCUUUCAUUAUUUUUUAUUAAUUAUUUUAUUAUUCACUUUGUCUUCAAUAAAGUUUCUGUUAAAAUUAAUAUUUGUUUUUUUAAAAGUUAUAUAAAUAAGAUUUAAAUUAUUUUUGCCAAACACACGCACACACAUACACACACAAACAAGAGCUCUGACUUCAAGAAUUUGGAAAAUGUUACUCAUAAACACACACAAAAAAAAAGAAUUUAAUCCCGUUAUGUGUAGUGACUUAAAACGACCUUUGAGAGCCCUUGCAAUAGUGCAGAGGGUCUCAUGGGUUUGUGUACUAUGGGGAUGACAACAUUUGAUUGAGGGCUACCAAUUAAAAUAUGUUCGUAUCUAAAUGCAUAAAGUAAAUAUAAAUAAUAACUUUGAUAAAUUAUUUACCUUUUGAUAUAAACAUUUGUGAAUAAUCAACAGCUAUUGGGUUGUUUUUUUUUUUGGGGGGGGGGAUUUGUGGGUGGGGGAGGAAUAAAGGUAUUUUGUAUUAAACGUACACGUGAAAACUGCGUGUUCUGUCUGUGACGUCAUCAACUGCACGGCCAUAUACUUGAGCAAGUUUCCUCCGUAAAGUACCUGGGUGUUACCAUUCAAAGCGAGGUCCGCUGGGACGAGCAUAUUAACAAUGUAUGUAACCAAGCAGACAAUACCCUAGGGUUCUUAAGGUGAAAUCUAAAGAUUGGCAACUCCUGUGUGAAAGAAAUAGCAUAUAAAGCCUUUGUCUGUCCGAUUUUAGAUUGUGCAUCUUCAGUCUGGGAUCUUUUACCCAGGAGAGCAUUGACAGGUUGGAGGCGGUCCAGCGACGGGCAGCACGCUUUGUCCUAAACCGCUACAGGAAUACCUCUAGUGUUGGUAGCAUGCUAGAAACACUAGGCUGGUCACCAUUGGAGGAACGACGACGACAAUCCAGGCUCUCCAUAAUGUACAAGAUAAAUAAUGGGCUGGUCCACUGUUCCAGUAUUAAACAGAAACUCGUCCCUCUCCCCCAUAGACAGCGACGAGGCCAUGGCAGGCAAUUCAGGCUCAUACCAACAAGAAGCAAGUAUAGGAGCUGCUCAUUCCUGCCCAAGACAAUCAGGGACAUGAACAAUCUUUCAAAAGGAACGGUUGAGGCGACAACACUAGACACAUUUGUGUCUAUUGCCUCAAGCCAUCAAACCCCUGGUGCAUGAUUCCCUCACAAACUGGUACUGGAAAUCAGUGAAAUUUCCUCAUCACCACCAGUAACAGAAACAUUGGAAAUCCCAUCUACAUCCAUAGGAGCCAAAAUGAUCAAUAAAUUGAUCGUGGGCCCUUAAGAUAUAGAAGAAGAAGAACUCAAAAAAGAGAACAUCAGUUUUACAGUUGAAAAAAGCUGUGACAUCUUCUCUUUGAUGUCUAAUGAUAAAGACAUAACAUCAGUAAGUAAAUGUAACCUCUACGUGUGUCAUUGUUAGUAGAGGUAAGACAUUUUCGUGUGACUAAUAAGAGAAGAAUAGUUUGCUAUUUUUCAUUACACUUUGCCUCUUGAAAGUACAAAAGAAAGCGUCUAUCAGGCGUGUGUGCUUAGUACCCUCCUAUACGCCAGUGAAGUGGGGGGACCCCAUUUGCCAGUCUUCAGCGGAAACUCAUCAGCGUCUACCAUAGAUGUCUGCGUCGCAAUUUGCGUAUUCGAUGGCAAGGCGUGCCAAAAUGUGUAGCAUGUUCUCCGCUAUAAGCCAGGGGCGCCUUAGCUGGUUAGGCCAUGAAAGGAGAAUGGAGGAAGGCCGUAUACCAAAGGAUCUGAUGUAUGGAGAGUUAGCGCAAGGGGUAAGACUUAUUGGAAGGCCGCGGCUGAGAUUUAAGGACGUUUGCAAAAGGAGCAUGAGGUAAGCCAACAUGGAAGUCAGCGAUUUGGAGACCCUCGCUGAGCACCAUUCCAGCUGGCAAACAGCAGAGUAUGAAGGAGUCAAACAGGCUCUUGCAACAAAAGGAGUAUUAUGGAAGGCCAAAUUUAACCAGGAGUCAAGUCUCUUGUUCGAGAAGUGCAGCCGAGACUGCAAUUCAAAGAUCUUAUGAAGUUUCUGUAGCUACUCAAUCGUCUCGCGAAGACGUAAGGAUGCCAUAUGUACUUUCCCCCUUUUUUGCAUUAACAAUGGUUUACUUUUAUUCCUUAAUUGCUCUACGUUUAAGGAUGUUCUUUAAGACACUUAUCUGUAAAAAAAAAAAAGAUUAAGAAUGUGGACCUCUGGUCUAAAAUUGUUGGGACCCUUUGCUAUAGUGGGUGGUUUAUCACAUCUGUCUCUAUUGAAAACUUUGACCUACAUACGCCUACCGACCGACACAUGAAACUGGCCUCUAGCUUUAUCAGAUGUUUUUUUUUUAAAUUAUAAUUUAAUAUCCCAUUGGGUCAUUGCCCAAAAUGUUAAUAGUGAAAAAAAGAAUCUUCACCUCCUUAAGAAAAUGUUUUCAAUGUUACCUACUUCAACUGUUAGUUAACGCUAUAAAGAUUCCGACCAAAGCUAAAUGAUUGGUGUUAUAUGUGUGGUUGAAGGAGGGGGCUGGGUAUUUCAGAUUCAAGGGAAAUAUUUUCUGGAUCAAGAAAAAGAAAUGAUGAGCCAGGCGUAGUUUUGGCAUUCGUGUUGACAAAGCUGAAAAUUAAGCGACAGAAAGAAAAUGUGUAAUUGUAAUUAAUUGUAGCACAUUGUUGGGGAAAUAAGACUAAGAAUUUAACAAAAGAAUCGCUGCUUAAUAUUAUGUUAUGGAAAUGUAAUCUAUGCUUGUAAAUAGGGUUCCUUCAUAGCAGCUUGAAGUGUCAUGAACCAGUGUUUAUCAAUGAAUUAGUUUGACAUUUCAUUCUGGGGGGCAUAAUUACAAAGCUAGAGCUCCGGCAUUAUGACAAUAAUUUUUAAUAGGUUAUUGUGUGAUGUUUAAUAUCUAUACAUUUCAAUUAGGUCAUAGGUUACAGUUCUCAGAAGAUAAAAAUUAUAAACAUGAAGUUUACAAUAUUGCCCCUCUUGUCUUUGGUCGUCUGCCUUGUGGAUUCCCAAGCACCCACACCUACACCUGCAUGUAAAGAAUACAACUCUGCUAGUAAGUCGAAAUCUUUUUUUUUUUUUUUUAUUAUUGUCAAUUCCACUCGAAAAUGUUAAUAGCGCUGACCAUGAAACCAAAAUUAUAUGUUGCAAUUUUAUAUCUAAUUAAAUCCAGAUUACUUUUGAAAUCUCGAGAAAGUUUCAUUUCAUGUAUCGUGUGUCUAAUAAAUCUCAUCUUUGUAAAUAUUAUUUGAUUUUAAUUUUUAAGCACACACGAUUUUGUGCGAAUAACUAAGAUGAACAAAAGAAAUUUAUUUUACGCAAAUUUAAGGCCGCAUAGUCGAAAGUCUGGAUAUGAGAAUUAAUUUGAAUAAAAAAUUCACAAGAUGUUCGUCAUUUCUCGGCACUUGACCUACUUCUCUUAAACAAUGAUACACCUGCAAAGUUGGUUUCGACAUCAAUAUUUAGUUUUUGAUUUUUUUUCUCUGCUUGGUGUUUGAAGUGUUAAAAAUCAAUUAUGAUGAAAGGUUGCGAAUUAGUCUCUAGACAAUAUUGCCAAUCCGGUAUUUUCGAACAUAAAUAAUUUAGCUGUAUUUGUUCACUUCCAAAUUGAAGUUUCAGUAUAGUAUAAACAUACUUUAAAUAACUAAAUAGGUCAAGCCAGGGUUCACAUCCUAUUCAUGGAUUAAAAUCCUAGAUUAGACUACGCUAUGUGACAAAUUCUAGCCACGUAGAGUGAACCCAGAAAUUUAGACGAUUUGGGUGUAAUUCCAAAAUAAUUUAUACACAUAGAAACACAAGCAUCGCUCAUAACACGUUCAUAGAACUUUGUUUAGAAACUUUAACAAUGAUAAAAUAAUAUAGCAUCCAUGAAACUGAAUGUAUACUGGAUGACGCCUUAGUGUUCUUUCUAGAGCAGAACAAUUGCAGAAGUUUGAUUACACACAAUUGAUCUAAUUGUUUCAAAGAGUUUCUAGACAUUAUUUUAAUCAUGUCCUCUGUUCUGUACGAUCAGGUGCAGACCCAGGUCCCCUUAAGAUGAGCUCAGACUUCUCUGUCGACAUUGAGACGGUCAGCGUAGAGACUGGGCGGGUCACCAACAUGUUGAUGUACUACAGUACCAACCAGAACAUGAUACGACUGAAUAUGUUUCAAAACGGACAGAAGUCAGACAUGUACUUCUACUUUGAUGACAACGAGAUCCUGGCCUUUGACUACUCCACAGGAGGAAGAGGUAUGGAUGUCAAUAUUCGUAGUUUGUUAGUUGUGGGUUUUAAGCCUAUUUUACACAGAAAAAUCAAAAUAGUCAACACUGGUCGCCAACUUCUAUCACAUUUUCACGUCGCAUACUUUUGUAAAAAUUGUGCAUCAUUUGAAAAAUAAACCAGUUCACAAUGGCAAAGCUAAGUUUACAAUAACAAAAUUCAACAUUGAAAUAAUCAAUAUUUUUUUCUACGACGCAAAUUCUGGAAGAAAAUAUUUUUUAGAAAUCUGAGCAAAUUAUAUAGGAAAUUAUAUCUUAACGCAGCAGUCAAAUUAUUGAUUGAAGUGUUUGCGUUGCAGGAAGUUGUAAAGUGCUCCCAAAUCUCAACACCCAGCCAGACACCUUUAUAGUAGGUGGCUCUAAGACAGGUGGUAAAAUUGAAGUUCCACUAGCCGUGCUCCAUUUCACGGGACAAUCCGGCUUUGGGUAAGACUUGCAACUGACGUUGAUACUCAAUUUUACAGGAUGUCAAUAAUAAAAUAAUACAACUGUAUUAGUUUUUCGUUUCAUAAAAAAUAGUUCAUUCCUAUUUCAAUAUCACAUUGAAUAGAAAUUCGUUGUUACAUUAAUGUGUAUGAGUGCUUUCAACUUUAAACAAAAAUUUCAAAUGUGCCUUGUCCCUUUUCACAGUGGUUCUAUUAUUGAGGUUGGCCAGGGAUUUGGGGCAGCUCGUGGUAUGGAAACAAAAGUCUACAACUCUUGUCAGAAAUGGACUUUUGGUACACAAAGUGCCAUCUUCAACGUCACACAUCAUUUUUCUUGUAAGUCUAGAUAAAGUCUUGCUUGUCUGUCUCCUUUCCUGGGACUUGGGCAAACAAAACUGUUUUCCAGGUAUUUUUAUCUUUACAAUUUUCUCCCAUUUAUGCAUACUAUUGUUUGUAUCUGUGUUGCUCAAAAUGUUCUCAUUUCUGAAAACAUGAGCAGUGUUGCUGGUAGAGACCGACCGAAUUUCGGCUUGGGAUUCGGUUUCGGCGCCGAAAGUUGCCAUUUGAUCAAUUUCGGCCUAGUUUCGUUUGAAACAGGAAAGUUAACUUUCGGUUUAAUUUCGGCCUUGGCUGAAACAAAAAAAAAAAGUUAACAUUCGGUUUAAUUUCAGUUUCGACCGAAAGUGAUUGAGACUUUCGGCAAUCUGGCCGAAAGUGAUUGACAUUUUCGGUCAUCUACCAGAAGUCAGAUUGUCUGUCUCAAGGCCGGGAAACCGAUACUCAUUACUGCUCGACGUCUUGCUGUCAUAGUGUGUUACAUGACCAAUAUUCUACGAAAACUGCCCACAGCUGCAUGACGACCCACGUGUCCUUUAUUUCCAAAAAAUAAUUUUCAAUUAGGCCUAGACAAAAUUAAAUGUAAACAGUUUUGUUGGAAAAAAACUAAGGGAAUGGUAAUAUUUAAGUCAUUUUUUUUUUGUUUUAAUUUUUUUUCAAAAAUAAAAUUUGUAACCGUAGCUUUAUUCAAUUAAUUCUUUUGAUUCAUCAUUACCAUGCUCAUCAAAGUUGUCAUAUGUCAAAGGUGAAUAAUAUUGAAUAAUCCUAGGGAAUGGCAAUAUUUCCAUUAUUAUUUUUAUUUUAAUCAUAAUCAUGCUCAUAAACAUGGUUAUUGACGCCAUUACACACGUUUGCAUCUGUCACUGGUUCGUUAUAUAAUUAUGUAGUAGACCUACUGCAGACCUGUUUACUUUCAUGAUUUUGGCCAGCAAUCUAGAUGACUUUUGGGAUUCUCCGUUGAGACUCGUUAGAACAACAAUUUUAAGAGACCCGGUUUAAAAAUUUAUUUUCCUCCAUCAUAGGGGGUAGGGGGGGAGGUUGGGCCCCGAAAGAAAUAAUUACGCCACCAGCACGAAAUGACUAGUGUGUUAGCACUAAGCUAACUAUUAAUACACCGAUAUCUUGCCAGCUAUUUAUGAAAGCACACACCAUUAGUAUGACAAUAACCGUGAAACAUUGUGUUGAUAUUUUUAUAGCCUUAAUAACUGAUAUUUAGGUGACAGUCGGCUAUAUUAGAGCCACAAUAAUAAUUGUGGAUAUAUGUCUUUGUAGCGUUGUAAUUACAUUAUAAAAGCAAUGGGCACUCAAUGGUCUAUUUUGCAUGAAUUCCCCCCACCCCCUUCGAUUUCUCUUAACCUUCUACUUUAAAUUACAUUUUUAACAAAUUUAACAAUUACUUUUAAAUUAAAAUGGUAACGCCAAAAUAUUCAUUAAAUGUUUAUUUAUUAAUUUUAACGAUGAUCUCAAUUCUUAUAUACAUAAUGUAAACUACAUAGAGCCCGCCAAACAUUGGCGACGUGAACUUCCCAUCUAGUAAAGUCACUUGACAAAACAUGAACUCAAGUAACGCACAUUUCAGAAUCCCAAUGUUUGCUGCACCCCUUCCCCCAUGAUACGUCACUGCACACUUUUUUGUUUCACGCCCAUGAACUCUAUUAACAUUCUCAUGUCCCAACAACUUUUAAACCUGUAACGAUCAUAUAUGUGUGGGUAAUAUUUUUGCUUACACUAUUCAUCCACAUUUACAUGCUACCAUGCUUGUCCAAACAAGUACCAGAGAACUACUUGAAUUAGCACCACGAUGUUUAUUGACUGAUCAACGAACACAUAAUAAAAUAAUAUCUCUGUAGAUCAGAGUAAAUAUAAGUGUCACAUUAGAUCUUCUUCCACUUCAAAAAUCAACAUUAAGAUGCUGUUAAAUAGCUAGAUGAUUGUAGCAAGUGCUAAUGAGAAAAAUGUUCAACGGACACUGUCGAUUUUCUUACAUCCCAUAAUUCCGUAACUUCCUGUUAUUUAUACUUAACAAAACAAUAAAACAAUACAUUAUUUUACAAAACAAAUAACGCCCUUCCUGUCGAUCUCAAAAACAACCAGACACUGUUGUCCUUUAAAAUCGAUUUAAAGACACAUCUAUUUCGCAAACACCUUCUGAGAUGAUUGUCUUCCUUAUUUUCCAAUAAUGCAUAACGGCUGUAUUGCUCAGGGUUGAAAUGGCUAGAAAGACUUUGACAUUGUAUGCUUGUAAUUAGUUUUUGUAGUUUUGCGUUUGUUUUAAAUGUGGUAAAUUAUAGAUUUAUUUUUUGUUGACUUUGUACCGCGCUUCGAGCUUUGGGGAUGAAGCGUGUUUUUGAAAUUGACUUUAUUAUUAUUAUUAUUAUAUAUAUAUAUAUAUAUAUAUAUAUAUAUAUAAUUUAGCGUAGUUAUAGGGAAUUAUAUUUUGAGCGCUAGUAUACUCAUUAUUGAACCACACUCUGGCGGAUCUAUAUAUAGCCUGCGUGGUGGUGGUGGUGUUGAUAGAUAGAUAGAUAGAUAGAUAGAUAGAUAGAUAGAUAGAUAGAUAGAUAGAUAGAUAGAUAGAUAGAUAGAUAGAUAGAUAGAUAGAUAGAUAGAUAUAUAUAUAUAUAUAUAUAAUUUAGCGUAGUUAUCGGGAAUUAUAUUUUGAGCGCUAGUGUACUCAUUAUUGAACCACACUCUGGCGGAUCUAUAUAUAGCCUGCGUGGUGGUGGUGGUGUUUGACCUUUGCUGGCGAAUAAUAUUUAUAGAUAGUGAUACUGUCCCCAUCAUUUUUCGCAUUUUGGCAGAAUGUAUGCGUCAUCGAAUGUCAAAAUAUCUAAAUCUUUCGGUUUGGGUUUCGGCCGAAAGUCUCAUUAAGCUUUUGGUUUCGGCCAAAAGUAAUAUUUAACCUUUGGCUUAGUUUCGGUUUCGGCCGAAAUCUAAAAAAAUCGCUUUUUGUCGGUCUCUUAGUUGCUGGUCGCUGGUGGCGAUAACAUCCAAGCCUUCCUUCGGUUGAGCCAGUUGCUUCACUCAUUAAACGACUGCUGCAUAUUUCAGUAUCAUCCGCCAGUCAGCAUAUGAAUAGAAACAGUUAUUGCAAAUUGAAAGUUUCAGUGUCAUAACCAAAGAUAAGCAUAUUGCUAAGACAAAUAGUUAACAAAGAUUAAAUUAAAAGAAAUUCCAAUAUUACAUUCAAAUUUUCGUAGUUUCAUUUAGCUUAUUAGCUUACGUUUAGUUUUGCACCACUCGCUAGUCAGUUUUCUAUUAUUAUUAACUAGUAAUAGCCCGCCACAAAAUGGCGGCCGCAAGGGAACUUCUAAAUCUACUUUAAAAAAACAUGCAUUUAAGUAACGCACUUUAUAAAAAUAAUAUCAAUCACUGCAUAAAACUCGGUGUUGUCAAAGAUUGAAACAAAAAGGGACGAGCUCAGAGGUGGGCGCUACAGCACUACGUUGAAAAUAAUUAGGUCAACACACAGACUGUAACAAGAUACAUUCAUAUCUAGAGAAUUAUAUUGAUUAAUUUAAUUCCGAUAACAAUUAUUUUUUAAAAAUAUGUGUAAAUACAGAUAUAAUGGUUCUAUAUUUCUCGACAUUGGUUGAAACACGAGUUAGAAAGUGAGACAAAAUUGGGUGUUUUUCCACCCAGACCCGGUUCUAUUUUUUUUCGGGUCCGCAGAAGUACUGAAUGCUUUUACUAGGCAUUUCCCGGCAUCCGGGUCAGUGGUGCAAAACCAUCUUGCAGUUGUCCUGAAUAUAGAUGGUGUUUUUUUUCACAAGCCAGGAAAAGAACAUGUGUUUUCAAACAGCGCCUAUUCCAGAUGUGAAUCUUCCACUCUGCUCGUGAAACUAUUCACACUUAAUCUGGCAGCAAUGAAACAUUCACUAUGAACCAGGUUGAUCAACUCCUUUGAACUGGUUGAUCAACUCAUUUGAAUUGAUCGAUCGCCUCCUUUGAAACUGGUCGAUCAUCUCCUUUGAACUGGUUGAUCAACUCAUUUGAAUUGAUCGAUCGCCUCCUUUGAAACUGGUCGAUCAUCUCCUUUGAACUGGUUGAUCAACUCAUUUGAAUUGAUCGAUCGCCUCCUUUGAAACUGGUCGAUCAUCUCCUUUGAACUGGUUGAUCAACUCAUUUGAAUUGAUCGAUCGCCUCCUUUGAAACUGGUCGAUCAUCUCCUUUGAAAUGGUCGAUCAACUCAUUUGAACUGGUUGAUCAACUCCUUUGAAAUGGUCGAUCAUCGCCUUUGAACUGGUUGAUCAACUCCUUUGAAACUGGUCGAUCAACUGCUUUGAACUGGUCGAUCAACUCUUUUGAAUUGGUUGAUCUACUCCUUCGAAACUGGUCGAUCAACUGCUUUGAACUGGUCGAUAAACUCCUUUGAACUGGUCGAUCAACUCCUUUGAAACUGGUUGAUCAAUUUCUUUGAACCUGGUCGAUCAACUCUGUUGAACCUGGUCAAGCAACUCUUUUGAACCUGGUCGAUCAACUCCUUUUAACUGGUCGAUCAACUCCUUUGAACCUGGUCGAUCAACUCCUUUGAACCUAACCGAUCACAUCAUGCCAUUUCGCUAACUAACAGAUAAAUCCAAAAAAAAAAUAUAUUUUUGACUUUGAUCUCUCCGGUCAAAGUCAAAGAAAGUUUUCUUGAUUUUACAGCCACUUUGCGGAUUUCGGGCUUUGAACAUAUCUACCCUUAACACAGUUCUUGUUUACAAUCAGUUGGUAAAAAAGAUAUUCAAGAAAAAAAUGUCUAUACAAUUAUUUCAUUAAUUUAAUGUUGUAUUAACAGCCAAAGCUUGGUCAAGGCCUAGCAGUGGGACUGUGCCUAUUUUGAUCGAAGUUCAAGGCUCAGCGACUCUACAUGGAAACACAGUACCUAUUCACCACUACUAUAAUUACUUCAACUACAAGGAAUCUGUGGAGCCAUUUUCAUUUGAGGUUUAACUUUUUUUCUGUUCAUGUUCAUUUAUUUAUAGCAUUUACGUCAUGGAAGAAGCCGAAAAGAAGUUGUAAUUACCAAGGCUGGCAGUUUCUUGGAAUUUCAAAUUCACUUUUUUAAAGAUGUUUUGAACAACAAAAACCGUAAAUUACUGGGUAAUAAGGGGAUAUACUUCAAUCAUGUUAACAUUUGCUACCCUCUCGGAUACUACUUCUAAGCUAAGUGCUAUUUUUAAAUUUUAAUUUUAUUCGUUUUUCCUGUUUUUUUUCUCUGACGAAGGCUUCCUGCCGACACGUUCGUUGUUUAGUUGCGUUCCUUUUUUCAGGUUUUUCUUUACUUUGUCCUACUAAAUUACUGAGGUAGCUUUGAAGACAUUAAUCAGGACCAAAAAUAAAAGUAUGAAACAUCUUUGGAUCAAAAGAUUUCACGUAAUCGUUAUUAGAAAAUCAACAAAUUUCUUAUUAAACUUAAAAAUUUGACACUUUUUAAUUUCUAUUAAUCAUAGUUUAGAAACUUUUCAUUCAUAUGAAAUAAUUCAGCGAUUAUCUAAUGAACUAUAUGAAACAGACGCCGUCUGGCAUUGUGUGUCAAGGACGUGCCGUUGACAGGCCAUUCCCAAGCGCACCAUCGCACAUCAAAUUCUCCGGAGAAAAUAUCGAUCACAGGGACGGAACAGUCCGGUACGUCGAGGUGCGUUGAGUUCUACUACAUUUUUAUUAUUAGCUGAGUGAAGCCUAGUUUAUCUGUAAUAGGUAACAUAAUAGUUUCUCUGUAAUAGGUAACAGACUAGUUUGUCUGCAAUGGGUAACAGACUAGUUUAUCUGUAAUGGGUAACAGACAAGUUUAUCUGUAAUGGGUAACAGACUAUAGUUUAUCUGUAAUGGGUAACAGACAAGUGUAUCUGUAAUGGGUAACAGACUCGUUUAUCUGUAAUGAGUAACAGACUAGUUUAUCUGCAAUGGGUAACAGUCUAGUUUAUCUAUAAUGGGUAACAGAGAAAAGAAACGCUUUCUGUUUCAGUGAAAAGCUAAGCGUCUUAAAAGUAUAACAACAAUACUGACACUCAUAAGUAGAACCACUUGAUUUAGACAGGAUCACUAGAAAGAUGUCACUCAAUUCAGUGGCGUAGCAAGAGGGGUGCGGAGGGGGCGAUUCACCCCGGGCUGAAUUUUUUUCUUCAUAUGGAAGGAUGGAAUUCCUGUCUAACAGCAGAGUUGUUUUUUUUUCGAAGAAAGGGGCGGCAAAAUGCCCGUGUCACCCCGAACGGAACUAGAUCUAGCUGCGUAACUGACUCAGGUGUAUACUCUUUGUAAAUAACAUAAAUAUGUUUUAAAAUCUUGUAUCAGGUAAUCCAUAUUUUACGUAUGCAAAUGGACAAAUUUCAACAACCCCCGCCUCCCCUUGUUUCACGCGUACAUUUUGCCCCCCCCCCCAACCCAAUAAAUGUGUAAGUACAAAUUAUUUUUCACUUCCCCCUCCACUUUUUUUUAACCACCUGUUUCAAUGUCUAGAUCAGGCCUGUACAACAUACGGCCCGCCAGCACCCACUUGGUGGCCCGCGAAGUAACGAAAUAUUCAUUGUUAUUAUUAUUAUUAUCUUCUUAAUAGCUUUAGCUCAUGUCCUAUUAUCUUUUGCCCCGCAUAGGUUUUUCAUAAAAUAUUACAGCCCGCAUAAGAUUUUCAUCAAGUAUUACGGCCCGCAAAAGUUUUUCAUGAAGUAUUACGGACCACCCUUACAUUUUGAGUUGUGCAGGCCUUGUUUAAAUUAUAAUGACGUAGCAAGUCAAUAACAAGAAAUCACCGUAAAUUUAUCAAAAAUAAGUCAUGGGUUUUCUCCGCUGUCUGUUCGGCGUAAUCCAGUGGUGCUCAAACUGUGCACCGCUGCUUUCUUACGAAAGCGCCGCGAUACAUUACACAAUUUCCAUAUGCUAUUUCCCCACUUUCAUUCCAAUGAAGUGCGAACCAGUAACUCACUUGAGAAAUUGCUAACUGCAAAAUCUCCUACAAAUGGUCACCAGUUGGCGAUUAGUGAUCUACAUACGAAACGUGCUUUAUGUACUUUUAGCCUUACCUUUAAUUUAGUUCAAGAACUACACAUCAAAACUUUUGCCAUUAUUUAGAAUGUACAAUUAUUUUUCCGCCGUCACCAAGGAAAUAUUUGACAGUGAUAAAAACUUGGUCGUCAUGAGGACGCAAGCACCACAAGACAUGGGGACAAGUGGAGGCAUGAAUCACUUCACGUACAUCAGGGACUAUGUGACGGGUAAGUGCAUCAACCAGGCAUAGCUUCCAUCAAGAUAACUGUGUGGGUUGUGAUAGCUUUUAGCGGCCCUAGUGUGAUAAUAUGACGUAUUGACGUCGGAACUGAAGGAGCGGCCAGGGAUAGCACUUUUUUCCAUUAUAUGAAAGGGUGGCAUUGUCGUCCAACUGAAGAUCUAUUUUUUUUAAGAAGUGGGUCGGGAAAAAAAAAUUGGCCCACCCCAGAAGGCACUAACCCCUAGCUAUGCCAAAGAAUGAAUUUUAGAACCCUAGCUUCAUAACUACUUUUGAGGAAGGAUAGACAUAUUUUCAUAUCAGUACAGGUACUGUCUCCUAGUUUGUUUGUUUUUUGUUGUUUUUUGUUGUUGUUUUUUUAAAAUUUUUGGAGGUGCGUCUGUUCUCAAAUAGCGGAGAUAAAAACCUUAUCACUGGUUAAGAAUUCGAAAAAUUUCUUACGAUGCUAGCUGAUAUUUAUGUCAAAACUCAAUUUUUUAGUCAUCAGGUCGCAUUUUAUUGCAGAGUUUAAAGUACCGGCUAAUGUGAGCUAUCUUAUUCCUAUUGAAUAAUGGAUUCGUACUUUUCAAAAGUAUGUGGCAGUGUAUGCCCCAACCCACUAUUUGACCCGUUACGUAAGCCAUGGCUGGCGCCCAACUCAAGGUCGCGCGGUGUGUAGUAGCACUGGCGCGGUGCGUAACAGGUAUCCCUUUUCACCUCCCCCCCCCUCCCCCCGGACGGUCACUAUACGACCGGCGCAUAGGGAGGAAAUAAUAAAAUACCACGAUGUGCGCAUUGGUUAGAAAUUCAAUAAUUUAUUUAUCAGGAACCCUAGCGUGUUAAGUUAUACAUUACAUCUAGUUAAGACGGGGAUUUUAUUCACUAUACCUUAGCAUAUUUACAAGUUUCCAUCGUUGGAGGAUAUUUUAAUAUUUAGUCAUUAAAGGAGUUUUCGUCUUCAUUUAUAGUGGUCCCCACCCCUUCUAGUUAAAAUAUCUUAAAAACUAUUUAAGUCAUAAAAAUAUAAAAUGGCAUCUUAGAUAGCUAAGACAAAACUGCACAGAUUACAUAUAAGUCGUUAGGGAUGUGGAUAAAGAUUUUAAUUAUUACUCUGGAUUAGUCCCCAGAGUUAGGCAUUUUACCCCAGGAAACUGGCCAGAAGGCAAAACUUAGACCGACUCGGUUUAGGUGUGACGUAGGGGCUCUCUGAUAUGUCCGCGCACGGUUUUAAAAAGGGGAGCACACGAGGUAGGGGUCAUUUCGAGCUUUGGUCAGCAUACCUGCAUUGUGCCUUUGUUCAGUGCGGCCCAUUGGAACGCUCUGUAAGUAGAGGCAAUUACGCCAUUUUUAUUUCUUUGUGGUUAGUAGGAACUUGUUGAGUGUUAGCAUUGGAAGAUUUCUGUUCAGACUUAUAACCAGGAUAGAGUGUAGGAUAACCUACAGCGUGUAGACUUAUGCUCAUGCUAUUUUAAAGGUUAACAUACAACCGUUAAAUAAAUUAUUUAAUAGGAUUAAUAAAUAGAUACCAGUGACCAGGGUUUGUGCGUAACAAACAACUGCAUAUCGUUCUGGGUACACAUACUGCAAUGCGCUUAUAAAAUAAGCUAUUGAUACAACAGUAUACAACCAGCGAGUGUCCGUCAAAUAUGUGUAAUAGGCUAACUUUCCUGCCGUGUGCUAAAUUCUCACAUAGGAAAUAGUGCAUGUGUGAGGAUCACAUCCCAUAUAAUAUAAUUAUGAUUCAUUCUGCAAUCUGCUGUUGUCUUAACAAGACACAGCGAUGGACAGAUACAAGUAUCAAGCCAACGGUGGUCAUACUUAAUACCAUUGUAUUUACUGUCCCGCUAUGUGUGCCUCUUACAUAGACACCAUACCUGGAUGGCAUACUAUUAUAACUUCAAGAUCUUUAAAGUUUACGUUAGCCCUCACAUCGCACUCUGGUUCUGUGUGUAGCAUUAACACUGUGCACGUGUUUCAAAUUAAACACUGCACGUGGUUUCUUUUAUAGUUAAAACAUUCGUAGUACAAGAUAAUUAUCUUUGCCCUGUGUAUGAACCAAUACUACUUACGUAUCACUUAUCAUGCUUUCUAGUUAAGUAUAUGUUGUCGCCACGUGUAAUUACGUGGUUAUGUAACAUGUUUAUUAUUAGCUAUGUUAGUCAGGACAUUGUUAACCUGUACUAUUUGUUUAUUUUCAGAUAUUGUCCUUUUUUCUUUCUCUUUUUUCUUUCUCUUUUUCUUUCUCUUUUUCUUUCUCUUCUUCUUUCUCUUUUUCUUCAUAGGCUUCUUCUCCAUAGUUCAUAGUGUCCUCUUUCUUGUUUUCAUCAUAGUAGAGAAUUAAUUAAAAAAGCUAUAGUCCUGAUUGUUUUAUUGUGAAUUCAUUUAUACUGUAAGCUACGUCAUCCACUCGGCUACAAGUAUAUAUUCAGAAUUCUCUCUGGCGCAUCUACCAUUGCAAUAUAGGUCAAAGUGUAGGCCUAUAUUAUAAAUGGAAAGUUCAGUGGUUUAAACCAGCGCGCGAAGACCCAGAAAUUAUUGAAGCAAAAACAAAACAAAAACUGCGAGGAACCAAAUCACAAAAAGCAAAAGAUUUAGUAAAUUUAAAAAAUGCUUACUUAUAUCACGUCAUAUUUUUCAUUGGCCAUGAGGCCGCGAGGAGUCAAAUAUCUUCUUUAUUAAUAAUUAAUAAAAUUUUGAUAUUUAUAAUUUUAAAAAAUUUUUUUUAUCCGUUUUUUUUUUUUUGUUUUUUUUUUGGGGGGGGGGGGGUUGUCGCGGUAAAUGUUUUGUAAUAGAAAGGGGAUGCGGCCAUGAAAUAUUGCCAAGAACCCCUGGUGUAGUUUGAAUUUGUAGAUUCUGCAGUAAAAGUCUAACAAAUGAAAUGAUGUAUUUAACAAGGGAAAUACUUUUCACGCCCUUUUUAAAUUUUGAAAAAAAAUCCUUUUAUUAAAUGUAUCACGGCCAUUUUCACAGUUAGGAAUUAUUUUAACGCACGAGUUAGCUCAGGUCAUCGCGUGCGCUUGUUGGUGAUCUUGGAGACACGCCUUGAUUAACUACGUCUGGUGAUCUUGGCCACGCCUUACCAACUACGUGUUAGCUUAUGAGCGAAAAAAAACCAUUUUUACGAUAAUACGUCAAUGGUUUUUGUUGCACACCUUUCAGGCCUGUCCUAUAAAAUCGACAACCAGAUGCAGUUCUGCACCACCGUCAACAUCACCGACGACACGCCGCUACCCUUUGACUUCGUGACCACGUCAGGCAAAGUGCAACAGUUGUCUCCCGCCCAGUUCUUCUACAACUCUGGGACAAAAUACGAUUACAUUGGACAGGUAAGCGGCGUGGCUAGGGUUGGUGUCACCCGGUGCGGUAAACUCAUGGUGUCACCCCCCCCCCCUUCCACCGACUUUCACAAUGGAUUUCUUUUUUUUAAAAUAAGAUGCACGGUAAAAGAAUGACCAAAAAAAAAAUUAAUUGAAAAUAAAAUUGUCUCCCGCCCAGUUCUUCUACAACUCUGGGACAAAAUACGAUUACAUUGGAAAGGUAAGCGGCGUGGCUAGGGUUGGUGUCACCCGGUGCGGUAAACUCAUGGUGUCACCCCCCCCCCCUUCCACCGACUUUCACAAUGGAUUUCUUUUUGUUAAAAUAAGAUGCACGGUAUAAGAAUGACCAAAAAAAAAAUUAAUUGAAGAUCAAAGGUUAAAUGUAUAGGACUAUAACAAAGGGUCAAGGGUUAAAUGUAUAGGAAUGUUCCCUUCCUGAUCUUCAAAGCUGCCAACGUGUCAAUCAUUUGUUCAAAAUCAAUAUCCUUCACCAUAUCACUUUCAAUUGAUGUAAUAGCCAGAUCAGAAAGCCUUGAUUGUCCCAUGGUGGAUCGUUCUCCUGCCAUUCUUUUCUUAAACCUUGAUCUUCUCUCUACUGAAAUUCCGCAUUGGUCUGAUUUUAAAAGGGCCUUUUCAUUAGUAUGUUCCACCAAGUGACAGCGCUUCUCGUGCAGAAACAAUCUUAAGGCUUCUUUUUUGGUCACCAUUUUGUCAAGAGUAAAGCAUUUAGUCUUCAGAUACUACUUUGUAAGAUUAACUUCCUCAAGUAGAUAUACCGAAAGAAAAAGGAAGCAGAUAGACAUGAAAUCACAGACAGCAUGUAACAGACUUUGUGCGGUAUGGAAAUCGUUCUCUAAUGUUAAGGGUCUGUGCUAGUGACUAAUCAGCGAAAAUAUUUAAUUUAAAAAAAAAUAUUAUUAAAAGAUAUUAUACAAUUUUGUACAAUAUUAUUUUGUUAACUUUAUAAAUUGGUAAAGAUUAACUGAAUAAAUGGAUAAAGAGAAUUUAAAAAAAAAAAAUAUUUUUUUUUAAAGUGGGGGGAGGGUUGCGGUUUACACCAAAAAAAAAUGGAAAAAAAACAUUUUUCGAUUUAGCAGUAACCAUUGAUAUCAAAUUAAUUAAUUAAAGUGUAUUCAAUUCUGUACAAUUAUGUGUAAUUAUUUUUAAUUUAGAUUAAAUAGUUCUUGAAAUAUGAUUUUUUUUUUUUUUUUUUUAGAAGUGGGUGUAUUAGGAUUUAUCACAAAAAAUAAAAAAUAAAAAAAAAUCCUUAUUCUUUUUCUGAAUUAUUGAUUUUAAAACAAUAAUAACUUCCCCAAUAUUUGUUUUUAAUUAUUUUUAAUUUAGAUUAAAUAGUUCUUGAAAUAUGAUUUUUUUUUUUUUUUUUUUAGAAGUGGGUGUAUCAGGAUUUAUCAAAAAAAAUAAAAAAUAAAUAAAAAUCCUUAUUCUUUUUCUGAAUUAAUGAUAUUAAAACAAUGAUGACCUCCCCAAUACUUGUUUAAUACAAUGACCAGUCCUUUAAAUGUGGCGGCCUCCUUAGAAAUAAUCAAAACGUUUUUGUGAAUAUUAAAAUUGUCUUAAUAUUUUUAUAAUUUGUUUCUACAAUGCCUAGUGAUAACAAAAAUUCAAAGCAACGAAAAUUCAUGAAAAUAGAUAUACUAAGCCUAAUAUUGGACCCAAUGAGGAUAUUUUAAAUGGAAAUAAAGUAAUCAAAACAAUAUCAUUCCAUUGUAAUCAUUGUUCAGUUUGACACUUUCAACGGUGACAUUUCAUUGACUAUUGACAUUAUUGAAUAGUUGUCAGUUGAAGUUGAAGAUAACUUACCCUUGGCCUCCACUAAAAUUAAAAUAGGUCUACCCAAGUUUAGUGAUCUUGAAACAACGAACGCCUUGCCUACCCAGAACAGGUCAGAAAUUAAAUUGAAAGACAUAUGUCAUAUGUAGUAAAUGAUUCUUAUCUAGAUUAAAGUGAAGAUUAAGUUUAGGCCAAUUAUUUUAGACCUUUACCAUCCAAUUAUUUUUAGGGCCAUUUUUAGUAAAUGUCCAUAUAUUCAUACCCAAAAUGCGAACAAAUCUAUGAAUAGUAUUAUAUAGAAAAUGUGCCCUAAGAACAAAUAUGGUUUAAGAGCUGUCCACAUUGGUGUUGACUUCUUAGCAACCCUUAUUUUCAAUGAUGCAUCCAAAGUAUUGGAGGCUCCUCUAAGAUUUUAAAACUUUCCUUUGGUCAGUUUACUUUUAAUUAUUUCAUUAUGAUGGGUGCUAAGAGGAUAUUGAAGGCACAUAAACAAGGAUAAGCUGCCCAUAUUGGUGUUUACUUAGCAACCAUUCUUUUCAAUGAUGCAUCUAAAGUAUUGGAGGCUCCUCUAAGAUUUUCCAGCUUUCCUUUGGUCAGUUUACUUUCAAUUAUUUCAUUAUGAUUGGUGCUAAGCGGAUAUUGAAGGAACAUAAACAAAUGAAUAAGUCCUCAGAAGCUAUAAGAACCAGAAGAAGGCUUAAAUGGGGGCUAGAAGAGUGAACAGUUGAAUUUAAGUUACAUCCUUAUCUUUCAUUCUGAGAGGGUUAUUAAAAUUAGAUAAUUUAUUUACUUAAUGAACAAAAUUAUUGCCCGUUCAUUCACAAAAUUUUGACGUUUAAGUUUAAUUCACAUAAAAAACAAUAACUUUUUAAAAUAUCAACCCAUUUGUUUGAAAUUUUGCAAGAUGCUAUAGUAUAUAUUUGUCUACACCAGGAACUAAGGAUACUGUAAUAUAUUAAUAAGUACAAAUUUUACCAUCCAUCAAAUUUUGAUUUUAAAAUAUCAAAAUUAAGAUACUUAGGGACGCUGUGAUACAAAAGGUAUUCAAUAAAUUACAUUUUCCCUAGUUGUCGCCAAAGCUAAUCAAUAUUUCCAAAUGGUUAAAAAAGUAUAAUAAAUUUGAGCCUAAAACAUUCUAAUUUUUUUAGUCUAACAUGCCAAUUUCCAGCAUCCCAUUUAUCAUUUUUUUUUUCAAUGUAAGCAAACUAUUAUUUUGCACUUUUUAAUUAUUAUUUUAUAUGUUAUUAUGGUAGAAUGAAUUUUCCUCUAGCUUCAGUGAAAAUUUGACACUUGUAACUUUAAAAGUUUUUUUUGGUGAAUUUUUUAGUAGUCGACCUAUGUUCUGGGUGUACCACCCCCCAUAAUUUUUACUGAUUCAAUUCAUGUACUUAAAAUUGCCCGACCACAUCGUAAUUGGAAUCAAUGGAAAGCUUUAUUUCUCAGAAUUUACAUAAAUAUAGCUUCCUGUCACUUACGAAAGUUACCAAACACUUCAUUCGGCGUUGAAUCAUGGUCAAAACGGUGAUUUUCUGAUCUAAAUAUAGGGUCACCUCUUUUCAUGCAUCAGCCUGGAACUUUUAAUAAAGCACACAUAAAUUGUUAAAUGUGUGGACAAUUUACGUGUGUGCUCUGUAAAUAUGCAGUUUUUCAAUUUGGUGUCACCCCUGAGAUGGUGUCACUCUGUGCUGUCCACACCCCCGUGCUGUCUACACCACUGAGCUACUUAAAUUUAAAGGGCCUUUCUAAAGUUGGAAGUUCGAUGUAUGGAUACAUUGCAUAUAAUUGUUACAGUGUCAGGCCAAAUUGGUAAAGAAAUUGCACAUUUAUUUUUAAAUGUACUGUAUUAAUAUUGUGUAGCCCUUCAAAAAUUAUUUUUUCAAAGCAAACGCAUAUAAAAUACAUUUUGUUAAAGUCUAUGACUUUUUUUUUCACAGAGGAUCGCAAGGGGGAUAACUGCUGAUGUCUGGGUAACUAAGACAACAUUUAUUACGGACCCAACCACGGAAGUAGUCAUUGAGUGGUACUUUGCUAAGGUAGGUAGCUUAGUUAUCAAGGUCUAUAAGUAACCACUCUUCCCAGUAGGAUCGUUUAAACAUAAAAUACAUCAAACAAAGGACACAAUGGUUAGGAGGCAGAUGUAGGCUGUAAGUGUAAACCUUCUGAAGGCCUUUGGGCCUCUGAGCACACACAUCAUCAUGGUCUAUUUUUAUAGAUAAAGAGUAAACAUUAGCAAAUGAUUAAUUAUAGAAAUUAUCAGGAUGAUUUAUCAUUGGACGCGCAGCCCCCCCCCCCCCACCCCACACACACACAGUAUUUAUUGUAGGCUGCAUGGAUAACUGGGAUCAAAGUCACUUGUCAGUGGCACAAAAAAAUAUUUAGGACAUAAAAAAACGAAUAUAGAAUAUUUAAAUGUGGAAAUUCAACUUUAUGUAGGGCUUUAAGUCAUCAUCAAUGUUCCUUUGAUAUGCUUUGAACAGUUUAUGUAAAUAUUUUAUACAUUCUUCCAUGGCAUCUCUGACUGGCAAAUAGAUCUGAAAUACAUCAUCUUAAUGAGAUUUGAUCUGGCCUCGUUGUUGAAGAGCAUAGGGUCUUCAAUAGAAAUAUAUAUACAUUUUUUUAAACAAUAGAUUCCAUGUAUAGGUUCAUCAUUUGCAUCUCUCAGAACUUAGUCCUGACUUUUGUUACUUUCUAGGAAACUUGAAAUACCAAUGAAUGGGUCAGAGGCCCUUUAAGCCUUAUGGUCCAAGAGUCCAUCACCUAUCUUAAACAAAGGUUAAUCUGGUCUUGGUCACAUCUUCUUAGUAGAAGGCCUCAAGCAUAUAGAAAUCGGGAUCGGAACUUUAUAAACUAUUUUCAUGUUGAUUGUCUGAAAUCUCAGUACCCGUAUUGAAUUAUGAACUUUAUGAACUUUCGUGUAAGGUAUCUGACUGUCUGCUUUAUUUAGCUUCGGGAAUAAAAAAAAUGUCAAAAUAGCAUUAUAUUUGUUUACCGUUAUUUUGCGGAUUGUGUAUAAAAUAGUGUCAAUCUAACCACAUUGAUUGGGAGGCUAGGAGAACACUGCUUUAAAAAAAAUCACAGGUACCUUGGCUUUACGCAAAAAAAUUUGAUUGAAUCACUUGCGUGUUUUUAUCAUGUUUUGGAUCUUAAAUAUGCCUUUUAUAAAACAAAUACCAUUUCCCAGAAGUAGGACGAUGAAACAGAGAAAAGGUGUGAGUUUUUCAAAAUGUGUGUUAUUUAUGUUUUUUUUUAUUUUUAUAUUUUUUGUGUUAAAAAUACAUUUGUAACCUCAGGAAGAUACUGCAUCAUGGAACGACGGUUCUAAAUAUUUCACCGAUGGCAAGUACAGAAUACCUCUCAGGUUUAGGGCCUGGUCUGGCACUGUAAGUAUUUGUUAUUUUUACUUUCCUCCCCCUUGUAAUGUACGAAACUGCUCUAAAUGUAUUUCCUGACCUAGUUAUGCUAACAAAAGAAAAUAUUAUUUUAAUUUAAAUUUAGAAAAAGUGUUUCAAAAACCCAGAUUGAAUGAUCCAUUACACAAAAUAGUUCAAUUCCCAUUUAGGUUUUUCUCCCUAAUUUAAGUUGAUUUUUCAAUGCAAAAAUUGACAUGGUGAUUAGUAUACUACUACUAGCGUUUCUGUUGUUUAGUAGCGGUGCUAAGAGCUUUUUAGUAUUAUUCCAGAAUCAAGCCGCUGUAAUUUAUUUUUUUCAAGUUGGUUUUUUGUUUUAUUUCUUGUAGUCAACCGACAGCAUUGACAUGAACAUCUAUCAUGUAGACUACACAAAUAUUAUGUACGGAGUCUUAGAUAUAAGGCCAUGCUACCCAGAUAAACAGAGCAACUAUUUCCAGUUGGUAGUAGAUGGUAAGUCAUCUUGUAGUUUUGUAUUCCUCUCAUGCUCAGAAGAUGAAACAAUUUUAAGAGUUUGAAAUUAUACUACACGAAAUAAGCAAAGAUGAAAUAUAUAAUUUUAAAAUCUUCUAAUUUAUUUUAAUAAAAAGAAAUCUUUAAUUUUUACCAUUUUAAUUUGUUUUCACUGUCAUGAAUAUUAGCAUAAAAUAUGCAUUUUGACAGCAGGAAUUGAAGUAAAAAGUUUUGAAGCUAAUCGAAUUAAUCAGAAUUGAAGUACAUUUUUGUAGAAAACCAAAGGAUCGUAGGAAAAAAAUAAAGUUUUCCCAAAAUUACAACCUUCGUGGCUUUGAAUUUUCAAACAUAAAAUAGCUGGUAGGUUUAACAAGAUAUAAAAUAAGUGAUUAGACCUAUUUUUCAUGACUAAUACUAUAGGAGCGAAAGAGAGCGUAAUGAACACCAACUUGGAAAUGUUUAAGUGGAGCACGGUCAAGUUGAUUGCUGAUGCUGCUAAAGUAAGAGACAUCCGUAUUGUAGAUCUACAGGUAGGUAACACUAAUCUACAGAGUUAUUUGAUAUGGAAUGGGAUUGAUUGAUUUUACAUGCCAAGUAUAAAAAAAUGAAUAUAUCUCCAUUAAAAUGCAACUGAAUAUAAACAAUUUUGCAUGGAAAUAAGAUACGUUGGUCAAACACCUCUUUGUAAGUAAAACUCAAGAAAACUUGUCUCUUGUAUACAGCCUACCACAUUUUGAUGACCACCACAUUUUGAUGACUACCACCCUUUAAUGACUAUGACCCUUUGAUAGUUGAAACCUUUUGAUGACUACCACAUUUUGAUGACUACCACCCUUUGAUGACUACCACAUUUUGAUGACUACAGUCCUUUGAUGACUACCACCCUUUGAUGACUACCAUCCUUUGAUAGCUACCACAUUUAGAUGAUUACCACAUUUUGAUGACUACCACAUUUUGAUGACUACAACCCUUUGAUGACUACCAUCCUUUGAUAGCUACAUCAUUUUGAUGAUUACCACAUUUUGAUGACUACCAUAUUUUUAUCACUACCGCCUGUAAUUGAUUGCUUGUUUUUUUUCUUCUCCUUUUUAGGUCGACGUAAUUUUUCUAUUUAACUGGGUUAGAAAAAGAGACUAAAUAGGCUUUAUAGAAUUUAAAUUGCUAUGUACUGUGGCACCUCCAGUAAUACACAACUUAACAAGCCAAGUUUUGGUUUUGCCACACGAAAAAACUGAAAUGAUGCCCCUGCAACCAGCUGUUAGCUUUUCACCAUCUCCUCCAUAAAUUUUGAUCUCGUAGAAGUCAGUGAAAUUACCCAUUUUACUUCAUCAGCUGCUUUGAUAGAUUCUUUACUUUUCAAAAUUGUACAAACUGUCAUCCCUAACAUAGUAUCGAGACCACCCUCACGCAAUUCUUAGCGAUAACAUAUUUCUUUACUUCAAAUGUACCUCUAACAGCUGUCCUCUUGCUCCCAUUUUCCCCACUACAUCCUUUAGCACCCAUGGCCAAUACACUAUUAGUUGUUCAUAUAUUCCAAACAAACAAUAAAUGAGCACAAAAGCAUAAAAUUAUCAACAAAUCUCACACGAGAUGCUUUCACUACAACUUCCGACAGCAUGGGUGGCCAGAGCGCUGGGGAAAUGCAUGCACUAUUUGGCAUGAAUAGCGUGAUCGGCAGACCUGUUUACCUUUAAGCUUUCGCUGUAGCAACUAAGUUUUAAGACUAUGGAACUAUGAAGAGUCUUAAAAGAACAAUGUUUUCUGGAGUGUUUUUCGUUUGUUUGGUUUAUUUUUAAUAAAAUAUAAAUAACUGAGGUGUUUUCAAUAAAAAGUUACACACUUUUUGUGUUAACAUCAUAAACAAUCGAAUGAGAACGACAAGAUGAAAACCACUCUGACACUAAAUCGGGGGCAAACAUGUAUGUGAUGGGUAUUCGAAAUUCCAAAGCAGCGUUUGGAUUCUGAACAGAAAUUAGCUAGAAAUUUUCGAUCAAAUUCCAAGGCCAAACUGUAUAUUCUUCGGUCAAUAACUUUCUCUGACUUUGUUGUAUAAACAUAUGUUGGUUUAUUUCAUUGGUAUUCGGAUGAUUAUAUAGCACUGUCUUUUUCAGAAAACAUUAUGUGAUGGUAUAUUUUAUAUUUUUAUCUGCUCUAAACAUGCAUUGCUCUUGUUUGGUUCUUUUAUCAAAACAUCUAAGUGCUACAUCAAAUAUGUUGUAUGUUGUACUCAUCGCCAGGUUUACUAUGAUCAAAACGAUGCUAUCAUAGAAUUCGAGCUGCUUGACGCCCCUCCGUACGCCGGUGACAUUUCAGGCACACCACCCCCCACAGUGACACUCCAACAGGCCACCCUGAACCUGCAGACUGCCGUCAACGGUGGCAGCUUUUAUGUGAACGUCUUUAACUCAACCACUAACAGUAUCUCUCAGGUGUGUAGCUACAGAUUUAUACACUAAUCCUUUCACACAUUGUCUUUAUUUUUUUUUUGCACUCAUCUUCCAAUCAAUUAGUAUCAGAAACCAUCAUUACGGGUUUCCCCAUUUUUUUGCAUUCUCUUUAUAUAACUUAUAACAUUCUUCAUCUCUCUUGGCAGUCUCCUGAGCAUCUAACUAUUCUACCACUCGUCCAUGCUUAACAUUACCAAAUAAUUUUCUCUUUUUUUAGUUACCAGCCAAAAAAAUUGAACUCUAAAAGACACAUAACUAACUUAGGUGAACAUCGUUCUUCAAAAGAACGACAAUUCAUGGCGUUCUCUAUGUUGGUUGUCAAGGGCUGAAUUCUAUUUGAUAAAGGAACCAUUAUUUCCAUUUGGAGAAUCCUUACAAACCAGGAGCUAUAUCAAUUGUACAAAGACCCACCCAUAGUUUCAACAAAAAAAAAAGGCAGACUGCUCUGGACAGGACAUGUUGAAAGGAUGCCAGAUUGUAGUGCAGCAAAAGUGACAUACAAGCAGAAACGUAGGGGCAGACAACUCACUGGUUGACCAAGACCGAGAUGGAUCUAUGAUGUAUAGAAGGACUUACACAAGUUGGGGGUUCGCGCAUGGGGGCAGAAAACCAUGGAUCGAUCUAAAUGGAAAAGUGUGGUGGAGCGGGCCAGGGUCCUACAUGGGCUGUGGCGCCGCUGAUAAUGAUGAAACAUUAUUUUCGCCAACCCUGAUUCUCCAAACCCUACCCAUGCCCCAAGCCUUUCUCCAUGAGUAUCUAUUUAUGAUCAACGUAUGAUCAUAAAAUAAUUCUAUUUAAAAUCCAUUUCUAAACAGCCUCUGCCAGUCAGAAAGAGUAAAUCAGUUUCCAGCAACAACCAAGGAGGUUCCUCUUCUAGCGACGAUGGUUACUCUGCAGGUUGGUGUGGCCCUGUAGAUACAUACCUAUAAAAAAAUAAAUAAUAUACAAAAAAUACUUUUUAAAGAACACUCUUUUCCAAAAAUUUACUGAAGUGUAUAAAAUAAAUAUAAAUGUCCCCCAAAACUUAAAAAAAAAAAAAAAAAAAAAAAAAUAAAAAAAAAAAAAAUACCCCCCAAAAAAAAAAAAAAAAAAAAAAAAAAAAAAAAAAGCAUUUUUGAAAGGCAUGAUGGCUGUGGGUAUGGAGUUAAGGUUUACUGAGAGGAACAGAAGCUGUUGUGUUACAAGGAAGUAUGAUGUUAAAGGCGAAAGAUUGUGAGAAUAUUUAAUAUAGGCCGAUUUUAAAGACAACAGUUUCCAGAAAAUAGUGGUGGCUGAGCAUUAAUCUGUAGAAUGCGGUGACUGAGUGUUAAUCUGUAGACUGCGGUGGCUGUUAAUGUGUAAUCCUUAGCUGUAAAUACAUUAUUGUUUCCCCAGGUGCGAUGGCUGGCCUUGGCAUUGCCAUGGUGAUUGUUGGUGGCGGGGGAGGUGGAGCCGGUGCUUAUUUUCUACUCAAGUAAAUGGCCAGUCAAGCAUAUGACUUUUUAGAGCUGAAUUUUUUUUUGUUUUUCAAAAAAAAUAUUCAAUUAGAUUUGAACUUUUCUGGUUUAUAAUAAGAAUUAUUUUAAUUAUAGUUUUGUAUGAAUGAUAGCUACUUCCUUAAUAUCAAUCAAUAAAAGGGAUGGUAAAAACUGUAAGUGUAAGCUUUGUCUUGUGCACACUCUUGUCUGUUGAGUGCACACAUUUAAACGUUUUAUUUCAUUGCACAUGCUGUUUGGGUUGAUCCCUAAUCUCCUGUUUGUUUUGUAAAUUUAAAAAUAGUAAAUUAAUUUAUUGCAUUCAAUGCCUACAAUUACAAUGCCUUUUAAAUCCCCUUUUAAGCAUAAUAUGAUAUUCAAAAUAAAAUAAAAAGACAAAAAAAAAAGAGGCUAUUAUUAAUUUCAAUGAAUUGAUGAAAAUUUGUUGUCAGGACUUGAGUGCUUCUUAAACUGUAUACUGUAUAAGAAUCAAAAUCUAAAAAUGGAUAAAAUAUCAUUUGGAAAUAUACAUUUCUGUAUUAUCUAGCUAUAUGCAUUUCUUAAUUCAAUACUGCAUUUCAAAAUUAUUAGAUUGUUACUUUUAUCGACUAUGGUGUCAAAGGCUGAAUCUGAAAGGAAACUACAAGAGUAGUUUGUUGUUCUGCUCCUAGCAAACAGAAAUUAAUGUGAAUCAUUACACUUACUGCUCUCAGGGACAAACCAGUCACGUGGGCAUUCAGACACACUUUGGUUAAAACUAAUCUUCAAUGGCCACACCAGUGCACUCUCUGGCAACCACUGUUCAUUUAGUAGUCAUUGGUCCAAAUUCACCAAUGAGUUACAUUGUAUUUAUAAUGUACUCUGAUAUCAGCGGCACCCACUGUUCACUCUGGCACUCAUAGG